GCACUGGACUUAUUCUAAGAAGGAAUAUAAACCUCAUCGGCCUGGGGAUCUGAUUGAUUUGAGAAAAAUCACGAAGCGACACUGAUAAGGCAUUUUCUCCCAAAGGAAAAACUUUGAAAAGAAAUGAAAGGGUGGCAGAUACGGUGUCUUUUCUUUCUGGUGUUGUAUACAGCUGUAGAGAAUGUGACGUCCUUGGAAGAAGAGCUCGCUGAUUCUAUUUUUGGUAACUUCCUGGACCCUCUGAAAGACUUGUUUGACCAAAAGGAUGACAGCAAUGAGAGCAUUGCCAAAUUCUCCCUGCGUAAACCAUCCCAGCCUGAUGAUGACCUCUGCUACAUUAUUCCUGGCAAACCUGAAUCCCUGGCAAGCUGCACCUUCAACAGCACUUCUAAAACCUUUCUAGUAAUCCAUGGCUGGACGAUAAGUGGUAUGUUUGAAAGCUGGGUGGCCAAGCUGGUAUCAGCGCUGUAUGAGAGAGAGCGGACAGCCAACGUCAUAGUAGUAGACUGGCUCAGCUCGGCCCAAAACCACUAUGUGGUCGCAGCCCAGAAAACCAAGGCAGUGGGACAGGAGAUCGCUCGCUUCAUCGACUGGAUAGAGGAGACCACCAACAUUCCUCUUGAGAACCUGCACCUUAUUGGCUACAGCCUGGGGGCUCAUGUGGCAGGAUUUGCUGGUAGCCAUGCCACCAAUAAAGUUGGGAGAAUAACUGGUCUAGACCCAGCUGGUCCGGACUUCGAGGGUGAACACGCCCACAGACGCCUUUCCCCGGACGACGCUCACUUUGUAGAUGUCCUUCACACCUUCACGCGGGGCUCCCUGGGUCUCAGCAUCGGAAUCCAGCAGCCUGUCGGCCACGUCGACAUCUACCCCAACGGCGGCAGCUUCCAGCCCGGCUGCAACCUGAGGGGGGCCCUGGAGAAGAUCGCUAACCUUGGAAUAUUUGCCAUCACUGAUGCAGUCAAGUGUGAGCACGAGCGCUCGGUGCACCUGUUCAUCGACUCUCUGCUGAACGAGCAGGAGGCGGCCAAGGCGUACCGCUGCGGCAGCACCGACAUGUUCGACCGCGGCAUGUGCCUCAGCUGCCGCAAAAGCCGCUGCAACACGGUGGGCUAUGACAUCAGCAAGGUCCGCAAGGCGCGCAACGUCCAGAUGUACACCAAGACACGAGCCUCCAUGCCUUUCAGAGUUUACCACUAUCAGCUGAAAAUCCACUUCUCCAGCAAGGUGAACCGCUCUGAGAUGGAGCCCUCACUCACCGUCUCGUUGUAUGGAACCAAAGACGAGGCGGAGAACCUGGAGCUUAAACUGAAGGAGAAAAUAUCGACAAAUAAGACUCAUUCCUUCCUCCUGGUGACAGAGAAGGACAUCGGCGACCUCAUGAUGCUCAAGUUUAAAUGGGAGGAGACGACAAGCGGCUGGUCUGCCUCCAACAUGCUGAGGAUGGUCUCCUCCUGGUGGUCGGGUGACUCCGACGACACCGGCAUGGAGGUUCACAAGAUCCGCAUCCGAGUCGGCGAGACGCAACAAAAGGUGGUGUUCUGUGUAAAAGACCCCCAGACUCAGAGUUUAGCCCAGGAGGUCACAUUUGUCAAAUGUAAGGGCGAGUGGAGGACCAACUCAAAGCGCACUCCAAAAAGAAUUACCCUGGAGAACCACUAACCCUGAAGAAAAGGCUCAACUUGAGAAAGGCCUCCUAUCCAUUUCAGUACUUGCUAAAUAAUUUAUACAUGCCUGUAACUUAUUUUAUUUCUCAAACGGUACAAGGACGUUGCCACCUUGUAUAUAUGUACAGAAUGUGUGUUAUUUAAAAAAAUAUAUAUGUGAAUAUCGUAUAAUAUUUUGUAAAGUAAGAGCUGUUUUUAUGACACUUAGCUGUAACAGCAGUAAUGUACACGAUGAAAGAAAAUGCCAUCAUCGUUGGGGCGUUUUUGGUCUGCGCUCCAAAGAGAUGGAUGUCAUGCAAAGUCUCACAUAAACAGAGGCGUGAUGACUUGAUAUACUGUAUAGUUGUGGAGGUACCACUGCCCUAUUGUGUAAAAUACCUAAAGCUGAAUUUCAUGUUGAUAGUGAUCACUGUGAAUAUAAUGAAGAGACCAUCCCACUACCUAAAAGUGAGGGGGAAAAAACUUUAAGAUGAACCUGUGGGAGUUUCUUGCAAAAGGUGUUUUAUGCAAUAGGGUACCGUUUAUCUAACUUGAUGUAUUAUCUAACUAAUGGGCAACCUGUCAGAGCAUUCACCACUGUGUGUUUUUUCAGCACGAUACGCAGGGGUGGAAAGACUACUAACACAUUCUACUCAGGUAGCAGCACUGUCACCUUGCUUAAGUUUUCCUUAAGAAAACUAAAGUCAAAAAUCUACUUUGGUAAAAGUGUAGCAUGUAAAAUGUACUUUACAUAAAAGAGAAGAUUGCUACAUGCGAUCUUCUGCAUUCAGUUCUGAAAGUUGAAAGAGUUCAAACUAGAUUAUAUUAAUUGGAAAAUUGUGAGAUUACAUAAUAAAGUGCACUCUGCUGACUGACAAGUAAGAUGGCCCAGUUCACAGAGCCAACAGAAUUUGUGCUCUGUAAUGGAUGUGAGGUGAAACGUAGCACAAUUUAACAAAACUUCUUUAAAAGCGGGAUAAUUAUGGACUUGAAAAAAGUACACAAAAAAGCUACUCAGUUGCAGUAACUGGAGUAGAUGUGAUUAGUAACUUCCACCCUUGACUGUACGUGGCUGUGGGACCUGUCUCAGUGUGCCUUACUGUAAACAGUUACCAGAGGUAAGCUGUUGCAAAAUGGACUUGUCUUAAAACCUAGUGCUUUAUCGCUGCUUGUUUCAUCUGAGCACACAUUUUGUACAGCGAGUGCUGUCUCCAAUAGUCUCUAAGACUGUUAACUCUCACCAGGUCUGACAUGCACAUUUAUUCCAAGACCUUUGUGACUUUCACUGAAGCACUUCGAUGCAAACGUGUUUUCAUUAUUAUUUGUUGAAUGGUUGUGGCAAAUUUAUACAGAAUUUCUGCUGGUACAUAUCAGUCGUUUAUGUUACGUUGAGCCUGUUACCUCAGAUAAGUGCCUGGCAUUUUGUCUGUCGUGAUCCAGUGAUGAUGAUGAUGAUGUGGCUAAACUGCAAGAGGCGUAUGAUGAUCAGUAUGGUGUAAACAAUGUACUAAAUAUCAGUGUUGUCACUCUGCUCUCUCUAAUGAGGUUCUUGUGAGUGAAAUUUCCUCUGUGCAUUUCUGCAUGUGAUUUGUUAAUUACCUAUUACUGCUCUAUUGAUCAUAAUUACCAUUCUGGUCACCAGUUGUCAGAUACUCACAGUUCUGUAAGCAAUAUCUAAACCCUGGCUCUAUAGAGAUCGGUACUAUAAUCAUUGUGACUUUAUUUCCAUUAUUCAGCCUUUUGAAAAAGUGGAAAUGCUAUACGUUUGCACUGAAAGUAGAGGAGGAGAUUACUAAACCAAGUUACUUGUACAGUAUAAUAAAUGUAAAUACCAUGAAGAAGGUGAUGAUAGAUUUUGUAAUAUAGAAAACUGCUAGAUAUGUAUUUUUACCUUUGGAUAAACUUAAUCUGUAAAAUGUGCAUUUGUAGAAUCCUUUGUAUGUACUUUGUAAAUAUGUCAUUGUACUGUAUAAACACUUUAAUAAAGCAAACCUA